AUGUUGAAGUUUGCCGUGUUCGUUGGUUUGAUCGGGUUCGUGGUAGCGUACGAUUUUCAAGAUUCCUACUACAAUGAACUCCUGCUGCAGGACUUACUCGACGAUGCGGAUGAACCAACAAUGAUGGGCCGCUUCCGUCGCUCUCCAUCAGACGCACAGGACGAUAAGUGCAAGCGUCGCUUCAAAUGCUGCAAUGACGCGAACAAUGACAAUUUGGAUAAAAUUCACGAAAUCAAGAAGCAGUGUUUUACCGAAGUGCGCAACAAGAAUAAAGCUGAUGGAUCAUACGAACCGGUGGAUUUCUUCUCGUGCGAGCGGCUGAACAAAACCAAGAUGGAUGUGAUCUGUGCGAUGGAGUGUGUUGGUCGCAAGAAGGAAAUCGUCAAUGACGAUGGAACUCUCAUCGAAGCUAAGCUGAUGGAGUUUGUGAAGAGCAAUUUUGCGUCAGACGAUUGGCAGCAGCCCUUAUUGGCUGGCCACAUUGAAACGUGUGUGAAGGAAGCGAAGGAUAAGGCUGUCAAGAGCCCGCGUGAAGCCGGUCAGUGUAACUCGGAAGCGUCCAACUUUGGGUACUGCAUGUGGCGUCAGUUGGCACUGGCUUGUCCCAAGGAUAAGCAGGUCGCCAACAAGCGCUGUGAUCGAAUCCGUGAGAAGUUGGCAAACAACGAACCGCUGCACUACUACAAGGCUGAACUAGAGGAUUACGCGAAGGAAGGAUUUGUGCGUGUGUCUCUGAGUGGCGUGAACACCAACCGAACCUUCUCCAGUGAUGUGGAUCCGAUAGUAGAUCUACCCGGUUUGGGGAAGCUUAAAGGCUCGUACACUAAAAGUGCCUGGUCUGGAACACCCAUUCAACAGUUUCUGAACGUCCGGUACGCCGAACCACCAGUGGGAGAGAACCGAUUUAAAGCUCCAAUACCCGUGCAACCGUGGGAUGGUGUGCAGGAUGUAUCGGUGCGCGGUCGUGGAGCUCCCUGUUACGGUGAUCUGAAGAAGCUUCCCAAAGACCAGUUAACAGCAGAGUUGGAAGAUUGUAUUAGCUUGUGCGUGUACACCAAAGACACUACCGCGAAGCGACCAGUGGCCGUUUACAUACAUGGCGGCGGUUUCUACAGUGGUAGUGCCGCUCAGCAUCCACCGGAGUAUCUGCUCGAGAAAGACAUUGUGCUCGUUGUGCCACAGUAUCGUUUGGGACCGCUUGGAUUUCUUUCCACCAAAACGGACACGAUUCCCGGCAACGCUGCCAUUAUGGACGUAGUGCUAGCCUUCGAAUGGGUACAGAAGAACAUCGCCCACUUUGGAGGAGAUCCCGAACAGGUGACGGCCGUCGGACAGUCGGCCGGUGCUGGUAUUCUUUCGUCGCUCCUGUUCAGCCCUGCGCUGAAGGAGUCAUACUUUCAGCAGAUAAUUCUUCACUCGGGUGCCGCCUUCGGUAGCUGGCUGUUCGAUCACAAUGGGGAAAAGAAUGCAAGGGACAUUGCACGUCGGGCUGGAUUCGAUCCGAAGGCACCGCUCGACCAGGUCGAGAAGUUCCUGGUUGAGUUGGACACGUACACACUGCUGAAAGCGUUCAUGCAUCACAAUUGGCAAGGUCUUCACAAGGGAAUCAACAACACCGGUGGCCGUAUGACGAUCGGUGGACCUUCGCAACUCUUCCCCAAAUCACCGUACGAGGUAAUGAAGGCUGGUGGAGGUAGGAAAAAUAUUCCCAUGCUGACGGGUGUAGUAAAGGACGAGGGAACCUUCGCGCUAGUGGACGUUUUUACUAUUUUGACCGCGUUGAAGUUGCAUGACAAGAAGGACUUCUUGCGGUUUGACGUGAUCGAAGAGAUCCAACGAAUUCUUGGCACGGUAGAGGUGUCUUGCUCUGUUACACCGCUUGCCGUCAAGAGUAUGCUGGAUAUGGAGGCUGCUGCCAAUGGCGAUAUCCUGAAGAUGAUUCCAGGACUGAUCGAUCUUUGUGGAAUGCAUCUGAUCAAGUCAAGUGUACUACGGUUGGCACAGUACAACAGCAGACACACGCCAGAUCAAACGUUUGUGUACUCCUUCGACUAUCGCGGGGAGCACACCCGGUUCGGUUACGAUCAGGACAUCCGUCACAUUCCAUUCGAUGGUGGCGUGCAUCAUACAAACGAUCUGUUGUACCUGUUCCCUUACCCACCAACGGCUGCCCAGCUGAACGAGCAGGACACGAGCAUGGCAAAGAAAAUGGUGGACCUCUGGACAUCGUUCAUUGUGGAUGGAGUUCCCAAAUCACAAGACCUUCCCCAUUGGCCUCCAUUUAAUCGUAAGCAUAUCUCACACACAAUGUCCACCUUCUAGACCGUACUAAUCCCGUGUGAUUCAUCCAUCCCGUCUCUUUGGUUCAAAACAGAAAUCUUCGGUCCGUACAUUCACCUUGACCGGGAGCUAACGGUGGGUAACAACUUCCUGGACGAAUUCACGGUCAACGCGGAUGCGGCUCGGCGACAGCGGCAGCAGCAAAAGGAAUCCCCCGUACCCAAACACCCAGCCCAGAGCAGCAACAGUGCCGCUACCACACCGCACCAGGACGAACUAAUCCGACGGAAUUUAGCCCAACAGCAACAGCGGGUCUAG